AUGGCAAAGAUACCAAUUAUGCUACAAUCGAAUGGGAAUUGGGAUAGCUAUGGGAGAUUUAGAGAAUUCGAGGUCGAUGGCAUUGUAGUCGAUGACGAUGCGACUUAUAGUCUAUUGAUUUUUACAAUAGCACAACAAUUAAGGAUUGAUACAUCCGAAAAAAUUAUAGAAAUCAAAUACAUUGUCAACGAGCAUUGUCCUCCAAUGGAAAUUAGGAACGCUAUGGGUGUUCGUGUAUACAUGGAGACGAAAAAGGAAAACAAAAACUUAGGAUCAUAUUCACUAUGUAUAACUGUUCGCGAUUUCAAUAUGGAAUUGAGUAUCACCAAUAAGAACACAGCUGCAGAUAGUACACCAAGUUCUAUUGAAGUAGGACAAGUAUACCAAGACAAGGAAACAAUUGCAACUGCAAUGAAACAUUAUUCUGUCAUGCACCAGUUCCAAUUCAGGGUUAAAAGAUCUAGUGCUAGAAGCUACUGGCUGAUAUGUGUUGGUGAAAACUGUACAUGGCACUUCAAGGCAACUAGCAUAAAUGAUUUUGCAAUGUUCAAGGUCAGAAAUUUGGACAAACAGCACACAUGCUCUUUAAUGGACAAUACAUUCAUACAACGCAAACCUACUGCCAUGGUAGUUGGUAGUAUAGUUAUUCCAAAAUAUUUUGAUCCUAAGAUAAUUUACACCCCAAAAGACAUUCAAUUUGACAUGUUGUCUGAACACGACAUGAAUCUAACCUACAUGCAAGCCUGGAGAGCAAAGGAAAAGACUUUACAGUUUUUGAGAAGUCAUCCGGCUGACUCCUACAACAAAUUGCCUAGUUAUUUGUAUAUUCUAGAGAAGACCUAUCCGGGGUUUGUAGUUAAAUUGAAGAAGGCAGACGAUGACUGUUUCUUGUAUGUAUUUGUUGCGAUUUAUACGUCAAUCAGUGGUUGGGAAUAUUGUAGGCCAGUUGUAGUAGUUGAUGGGACCUUUUUAAAGUCAGCGUACAGGGGAAUAAUACUAACAGCUAGUACAAUGGAUACAACAGGUACCAUAUUACCAUUGGCAUAUGCUGUUGUUGAUUCAGAGAAUGACGCAUCAUGGAAGUGGUUUUUUGAGCAAUUCAAGCUCGUGUAUGGUGAAAGAGCAAACAUGUGUGUUAUUUCGGAUCGGAAUGAUAGUAUCUUGAAGGCAACAUCUAUUGUUUAUCCCGGUAUGCCACAUUAUUCAUGCAUGUGGCAUAUUUGGACAAAUAUACGAGUAAAGUUCAAGAAGGGACAUCUUAAGCUAAGUGAAUUAUACUUUGCCAUGGCGCGGUCAUACACACUUGAUGAAUUUAAUGAAAGGAUGUCAAAGAUUGAGGAUAUUGACCCCCGUGUUAAAGCAUACUUAUACGAUAUUGGAUAUCAUAGAUGGUCUCGAGUACUUGCAAUAGUGAACAGAACUUGGACUAUGACAUCAAACAAAGCAGAGUCGUUGAAUGUUAUAACAAAAUAUGCAAGAGAGUUGCCGAUAGUAGAAUUAUUAGAGUAUAUGAGGACCCUUCUUGAACGUUGGACGAAAGAAAAAUUAUUGAAAGCAAAGGGUACAUUCACAUACCUUGGAUAUAAAUUCAACAAAGAGUUGUAUGACAACAAAACAUUGUCGCACAAGCUUAGAGUGAGGGCUUCAACAGACUACAUACAUACAGUAAUAGAUGGUGUGAGGCGCUAUAUUAUUUGUCUUGAAAACAAGAAAUGUAGUUGUGGGCAAUUCCAGCUUGAUGAACUACCUUGUCCACAUGCUUUGGCUACUUUAAGAUAA